CCGGCGGCAGGAGACACAUGGCAAUGGCUCAGUCUUCUCCCUCACGCCGGGGAGAGCAGUCGAUGACGCGGGGAAACUAACGAAUAACAACACCACUAAAAGAUUGAACCGAAAAAUCAAAACGCAAAACAAAAAGGCAUCAGCACACGCACAUUCAGGCUAACAAAGCACCAUGUAGACUGAGUAACCAGUGGCCGCCAGGAAGGUAAAAACAAUCCCCAGGUAAAAAUAAAAGCCCAGGUGUGAGAGCAAGGACGCCCGGGACGCCAUGGUGCGUGUGGUGUCAGCCCUGGCGGGGGUCUCGAGGUCCCGCAGGAGGCGAGGAGCUGACAGCCCGCGUCAGGAGCGAGGCUGCGGCGUCGAGGUGCUCGUGGUGCUGACCGCGCUGCUGCUCAGCCUCACCCCGGGGGAAUGCAAGACGAGGAACGUCACCAACCUGCAGAUCCUGGACAGCCUGCUGAAGCUCUACGACCGGAGAGCCACGCCCACCAACCAUCUCAAUAACGCCACGACAGUCACCUGUGAGCUCUACAUCAGAAGCUUCGGAUCCAUCGACCCAAAUUCUAUG